CCUUCGCGUGGAGCCUCAUACCCUGGGUCUCUCCAGUGGAGCUACUCUCCUGUGUCAGUCCCAUCCCCUGGGCGCAGGCCAGAGACACCCUGUUAUUCUGGGUGACUCUGGGCGAACCCCGUGCUCGGCACCUCUUCCCAUAUGUAGCGUUUGCAGCCCGAGCAGGCGAAUUCCGAAGGGGGCGGGGCCUGGGACUGUGCCUCCGAUCCCAGCAGUUGGCAACAGAGGCAGGAGGAUUGUACUGUGGAGGUCAGCUUGUGCUACGAAAACGUAAACAGGAGAGCAGGCCUGCGGGGUUUGCAAGCUCACCACUUGGAUAGGGACCGCCAGGCAGUUCCUAGUUUUAAUGCCCUCUGUUUCCUUUGUAGACGUGUCUGUGGCACGCGGGUGGAGCACUGAGCCUGGGGGGCCCCGCUCGCGUGGCCACUCACCUCCACGGCUGUGCAGGGGCGGCGGGAUGGACAGGUUCCUGGUGAGGCCCGACUCGGGCGACCUCCGAGGGGGAGGGGAGGAGCCAGUCCCGUCGGGAGGAGCCUCGGGCGGCCAGUCGAGCCCCAGCUGGCAGCACCUUCGCGCGCAAGGUCUGAAUUGUGAUUACACCAUCCUGUUUGGCAAAGCCGAAGCAGACGAGAUCUUCCGAGAGUUGGAGCAAGAAGUGGAGUAUUUUACUGGUGCACUGGCCAAGGUCCAAGUAUUUGGAAAGUGGCACAGCGUUCCCAGGAAGCAGGCAACCUACGGAGACGCUGGACUGACAUAUACCUUCUCUGGUCUUACACUGACACCAAAGCCCUGGAUUCCAGUUCUAGAGCGUGUUCGAGAUCGGAUCUUCGGGGUGACAGGGCAGACCUUCAACUUUGUGCUCAUUAACAGGUACAAAGAUGGUUGCGACCACAUCGGGGAACACAGAGAUGAUGAAAGAGAACUGGCUCCUGGGAGUCCCAUUGCAUCUGUCUCCUUUGGGGCCUGCAGAGACUUCCUCUUCCGGCACAAAGACUCUCGAGGAAAGACACCCCGGCAGACAGUGGAGGUAGUCAAGCUGCAGCUGGCCCAUGGAAGCCUACUGAUGAUGAACCACCCCACCAAUACCCACUGGUACCACAGUCUCCCCAUCCGCAAGAAGGUCCUAGCUCCUCGGGUCAACUUGACUUUUCGGAAAAUUUUACCUACUAAGAAAUAAAACAUUUUC